CAACACACAUGCUAGGAUUUACCUGCGCCGCGCGGCCGACCAGCGCGCUUGAGCACGGUGGACGCGCUGCCUUUGCUUUUGAUCGUACUGACGCCCUCCUCGCUGUCGAUUGCAUUCAUCAGCGCUCAACGUUUAAACUAAGAUGGGAGACGAGGCCCCGCCCGCGGAGCCCAUCGUCGACGAGACACCCGUAGAAGGCGGCGCCCUAGACGACCUCGCCGCCAUGGCCAAGGAGAGCGCCGCCUUCGCGCUGGAACUGGCGCGCCCGACGCUCGAAGCCAUCAAAGCGGACCCGACGCAAGCGGCGCCCUGGGUGGCCGGCCUCCUCGUUUGCAUGAGACAGCGCGGCUUCAACCGCGUCGUGCUCCUCGGCACGGUGGCCGCGGCCUGGACGAGCUUGGAGAACGUCGAACUGAUUGAAGGGGUGGCGCCCGAGCAUGUAAGACUAGCGGUCGUGGCCCUGCUCGCUUUACUGCCAGCUCUGGGCCGCCGCAAGGGCCAUCCCGAGCGCUUGGGAGCUGCGGGCGCGGUCCGCUCGCCGCACCACGCGGCGCACCGCCGCCGCCUCGUUGCGUUUUACGAGAAAAACGCGCCCGAGAAAAUCAAUGAUGUGGACGCGAUCCUCGCCAAGUACCUCGGGCGCGAGGAUGCGCUCUUCGCGCGGCUCGAGCAGAAGUACGCCGCGCCGUCGCCGGCGCGGGCCUCUCCUGUAAAAGCGGCGCCGUCGCCGGCCAAGGCGCCGAAAUCCACCAACAAGAAGGCGCACGACGCGAAGCAGGACGCGCGGGCCGCCAUGGAGGCGCGCCUCAACGCGCGCCUCGCGCGCAAGAAGUAGGCGCUAUGCCUAGUCCAUAAGCUCUGUUCGAAAC